AUGGCCACUGCCCGCCGCGCACCGUCGCCCUCUGCGUCGACGACAUACUCUGGCUUCAGCGGCUACCGCGACUCUCAGCGCCAACCCGCCAAUGGCAUGCGACCCACUCCCCCGCUGCCUGGUGCAGCCGACUCGCGGGCGAUUGCCAAGACACAUUUUGAGGAGCUGAAGAAGUCCCUCCAGGAUCACAUGUUGCGAGGCAAAGCCCCAGAACUCGCGGGCCAACGCACGAGAGAAGCUGACGCGGCUGACCCGACAGCAGUUCCAGGAGCUGUCGACAGAUGCGGCGCGGAAACACCUUUUCUGCCUGUUCGGGAUGACUUCCACCCAAAGCGGAACCAGGCACGCCAGAAACUGGCCACUCUCCCCGCCAUCCGCUUCAAAGACCUCUCUUCCGACGUCUUUUACGAACUCGGUCGGCGCUAUCCCGAGUUCAAGGAGCCCGAACAGCUGCCUGAAGUCCCCGACACCCCUGCAUCCGAGUAUGACCCUCCCACACCGGAGCUAGUUGGCGGCCGAGGGCCCAACAGGCAGAGCUCACGCGACCAGGGAUUUUCCACCGGAGCAGGCAGUGGUUCCGAUAGGCGGAGGCCCUCCCAGGAUGAUUUCGGUGUCCGUCGCCGUCCCUCUCAAGACGAAACCCGCAGGCGCCCCUCUGCAGACCAGAUCCCGUACCGCAGACCGUCCCAGGACAGCCAGCUCGGACGACGCCCGUCUCAGGACAAGCCCUCGGGCAUGGCCUCUUCCUCCUACGUCACCCCAACCAAAAGCACCAUCGCCGAGGAGGACAUAGAGGUUCCGUACGGUCGCGACGAAGGCACCGACGACGAAGAAUACGACGACGACGAGGGCACAAAGCGACCCCUAAGCGAAGACGACAGAAACGGCCACUCCAAAAAGCCAUCCCAAGGAGGCCUCAAUGCGCUCGGCUUCAACCUGCUUUCAGCACCAAUGAGCCCAACGAGCGAUGAUGGGGCCCCGGUCAACGGCCUCAAUGGACGAACGAAUUCGGACUAUUACGAGAAAAUGUCGUUUGGGCGUGCGAGUGUGACGUCUAGCCAGGGAGCUGGGGCAGCUGGGGAACUAAAGCGUGGUGAAAUCGAGGACCUCCGACGCGACUACGAAUUCAAGAUUGCGACCAUGCAGAGCAAGUUGGCUUCCUACGAAGACAAGGGUCGUUCCGAUGCUGAGCGCAUUAGGUCUUUGGAAGGCGAGCUGCGAGACUCUCGUCGUGUGGCCUCGGAACGCGAGGCCGAGGCUAGGAAGCUACGGGAGCGUUGCGACCAAUUGGAGGAAGAUCUUCAAGACGCGCAGGAUGGCCAAGGAAACACUGGCAGUUCGGGCGGAGAAGUAACAGAGCAGCUCCGUCGUGAAAUGCAAGCUCUGCUCGACGACUUGCGCGCAAUGGCCGCCAGUCGUGAGGACUUGGCUGCGGAACGAAACGCCGACAGCCAAACAAUACGUGAGUUGUCUUCCCAGGUUCAGGAGUACAAGCGCAAGUACGAGGCUGCCAAGACUGAACUCCGAGGUCUCAAGGCCACAUCUCAGCUCUAUGUUCAACAGCCAGUUGAUCUCAAUAAGCAGGACCAAUUGCCUAUUUCUGAACGAGGCGCUAUUGUCGAUGUGCACAUUACCCAAUUCCAGAGUGCGAUUGAUACCAUGCUUAUGGCUGGCCGGUCCAACACUCCUUCGACAACCCUAACAGCUAUGAAGGCCGUCGUCACCUCGGUUAGUGCGAUAGCAGAUGACGUCGAGUCAUACGUGCGCCACCAACGAGUCCCAAGUGAACACGAGAAUGCAACCCAGCUCGUCGAACGCCUACACGCAACGCUCGGCAACCUCGUCGCUGCCGCACGCACACAUGCCAUGAGCUUCGGGACAUCACCCGUAAGCCUGCUCGACGCCGCUGCGAGCCAUGUUUCAACUACCGUCACUGCGCUCGUGCGUGAGGUUCUAGUCAGACGAGACGAUGGAAAGAGGAGCAGCACGACCAACAAUUGGACGCAUUUGGAGAACGAGCUGAAGCGUCCCUUGUCGGAUCGCUCGAGCUCGGUUGGGAGCCCGCAUAACCCUGCUAUUUUCGAUACCCCGUUGCAGACGGCUUCGACGAAUGGGGGGGCGAGUGACGCCGAGGGCGGGGACGAUGCGUGGGAGGAGCUCAAGCCAUAUCUCGAAGCUCAGUCCGAAUCCAUCGCAUUCUCAAUCCAAGCUCUUCUCUCUGCAAUCCGAAAUGGUGCCCAAGGUCCAGAAAUCAACGAAAACCUCGCGCAAAUCAUCUCCAUCGUCUCGAGCAUCAUCGCCGUAAGCAAAGAAAGCCUCCCGCGCGCUUCGGUCCGACAGGGCACCGAAAUCGUCUCUCAACUCUCCGAACAAUGCGACCGACUGAGCGAACUCCAGGGUCGGGUCGAGCUCACCAAACAGGACCGUCAAGCGAUGGCCGCGAACGCGUUUGGAGUUGCGAAAGCGAUGAAGGAGCUCAUGAAGCUAUAG